AUGGUAGAAAUACAUACUUGCACUAGAAGCAACAAGGGUGGCAAUAAGCAUGUCACUCAAGGAUGGAUUGCUAAUGUAGUUACUGAUAAGUUGAAAUCUAAUGAGGAUGUCUCUCCAUAUGAGCUUAGAAAAUGGAUUAUGCAAACUUACAAUAUUGACGUGCCAUACCUAAAAGUUUUUAGAGGGAAAGAGCAAGCUUAUACCGACAUGUAUGGGUUUGUUGUUGGUUGUCAUCCGUACAUUGGUCUUGAUUCUUGUCAUUUAAAAGGAAAGUUCAAUGGUGUAAUAGCCGCUGCAACUGGUAUUGAUGAAAACACACGAUCAUGGACAUGGUUUCUUGACUCACUCAAAAAAGCAAUUGGAACGCCAAAUGCUCUUGUUAUCUCAUCGAACAUGCAAAAAGGGUUAGAAGUAGCCAUGAUGAAUGUUUAUCCUAAUGUUGAGCAUAGAGAAUGUAUAAGGCACUUAUAUAGAAACUUCAAGAAACACUUUCAUGGUGACUUCUUUAACACCAAACUAUGGGCUGCUGCAAAAACCUAUCGUCCUACCAAUCAUGACAGAUUAUUGAAGGAAAUUAGUGAUACAAAUGAAGAUGCCAUUGAACAUCUAAAUACCAACCAUAAAACAAUAUGGAGUAUAAUCAAGUUUGGUAUUACUUCCAAGUGUAAUUACAUCACUAAUAAUAUUUUAGAAACAUUUAAUUCUUGGAUUGGUAAAUUGCGCUAUAAACCCAUGCUUGAUCUCCUUGACGUAAUUAGAGAAAAGAUUAUGAAAAGGUUUGAUAAGAAAAGGAAUUUGGUGAAUACAUGGAAUGACACAUUGAUUCCUAUUGCUAAAAACCAUCUCAAUGACAUUGCUAAGAACUUUGGUGAAUAUGAAGUUACUAGAAGUUGUGACAAUCAAGCUGAAAUGGGUACAAGGGAACACGUUGGGAGGUCAACCUAUAUGAAAGAAAAUGUAGUUGUUAAGUGUGAGAACUUUAAAGCUGCAUAUGCAUUUCAAAUUGAUCCGAUGCCCGGACAGGAUCAAUGGGCGUAA